AUGAACUAUCACGCAUUCUUCAGGAACGGUUCUCAGAGUAUCAAUGUGGGAGUUGUUGCUGACGACACCAAGCUUUUUCGAUGGGUGUUCGCCAAAUUUCGAUCUACUGUAAAUGAUGAGACUGUAUUCAACAAGAGCUUGCUUUGCCAGCAUCUCAGAGAGGGUGUUAAGAAAGGACGACUAAUUGGCGACGAUGCUUAUGAAAGCAAG